UGGGCGUAUUCGGGUGUUUUCAAGUGAAGACUUAUAGGACCAAGAUAAUGUACGUACUUGGUAAGUCGGAAAUAGUCGAAAUACACAUUAUAGUCGACACACCUUUCUUACAAGCUGCCUGUUAUUUAAUUCGCGGAGGGCGCUUCGCUCUAUUAGAGGCAGAUCAGUGUACUUACUACCUGGGAAAACAGCAAGCAUAUUUCGAUGUUAUGAUUCCUCGCAUUACUUCCCAACUUCAUUCCUUAUACCAAACGGCAUCCGAAUCAAUAUUCCCUCUUUCUCAUUUUCGUCAGGACUGGAAAUGUCUCCAUCGGCCGAUGUUGCGACUAAUGGUAUCUCAGUUGAUACCUAUGACCUAAACAAGAAGCCGGAAUCUAAUGGGGCUACGAACCUCGAUGGUCACCGUGCUGCGGGUAAUGGUUUCCCCACCAAUGGGUGCGAUACUAAUGGUCAUUCAAUUAAUGGAACUGGUGGAACUUACAGUCCUAUGAUGCCUAUAGCAAUCUGCGGCAUGGCAUGUCGAUUGCCGGGAGGUCUUUCGUCACCUGAGGAACUAUGGGACUUUGUCCUGGCUAAGAAGAACGCUCGAGGUCGUGUCCCAGAAUCUCGAUACAACAUCUCUGCGUACUAUUCAGCUACCCCUAAGCCUGGGGCCAUCUCCACAGAGUAUGGGCAUUUUCUCGAUGAUAGUGUUGAUCUAGGCGCAUUAGACACGUCAUUCUUUACCUUGCCACGCACUGAAGUGGAAAGAGCCGAUCCUCAGCAGCGGCUCAUGCUAGAGGUUUCGAGAGAAUGCUUUGAGGAUGCUGGUGUAACUAACUGGAGGGGUAAGACUAUAGGUUGCUAUAUCGGCAACUUCGGAGAAGAUUGGAACGAGAUGUUUGUCAAGGAGCCGCAACAAUGGGGUAUGCAUCGUAUAGUCGGCACCGGAGAUUUUGUCAUAUCAAAUCGUCUUUCUUAUGAGUUUGAUAUUAAAGGGCCGAGCAUGACAAUCCGCACUGCAUGCUCUGCUUCAUUAGUGGCACUUAACGAGGCUUGCUUGGCCCUCGCGAGGGGAGACUGCGAGGCUGCGCUUGUGGGUGGUAUCAAUUUGAUUCUCGGACCAAAUAUGACGAUGGCCAUGACUGAACAAGGAAUUCUGUCAAAGGACGGCUGCUGUAAAUCAUUCUCGGCUGACGCUAAUGGUUAUGCUCGUGGCGAGGCAGCUACGGCCAUUUUCGUCAAACCCCUAGCCGAUGCCCUUAGAGAUGGCAAUCCAGUCCGAGCUAUCAUUCGGGCUACAUCUCAUAACGUCGACGGUAAAACCCCCGGUAUUUCGCAACCCAGCACGGAUGCACAAGAAGCCCUAAUUAGGAGAGCUUACCAGCUAGCUGGUAUCAAAGACUAUUCACAAACGGCAAUGGUUGAGUGCCACGGAACAGGAACGCCUAUCGGGGACCCUAUUGAAGCAAAGGCCGUUGCUCGGGUGUUUGGGGAGAAGGGUGUUUAUAUCGGUUCAAUUAAACCUAAUCUUGGUCACUGCGAGGGUGCGUCUGGGUUCGUCUCUCUUAUUAAGAUGGUAAAAGCACUCGAAAACCGCACAAUCCCACCUAACAUUAGGUUCAAUAUACCCAACCCGAAUAUACCAUUCAAAGAGGCGAGGCUAGUUGUCCCCAUUGAACCUACACCCUGGCCUGAAGAUCGGCUUGAACGUAUUAGUCUCAACUCAUUUGGUGUCGGAGGCGCGAACGCCCACGUCAUUUUGGAAUCAGCUGCUUCCGCAGGUAUAUCCACCGCGACAAACGGAACCCGAGAGCCACCACACGAGAGUCACCAACUUCUCAUAUACACAGCAAAUUCUACAAACUCACUUACGCGGAUGAUUGACAUCUAUAAGGAAUGGGUUGAGAACAAUCCAACCAAAAUUUCCGACCUAGCAUACACUUUGGCGAUUAGGAGGGAGCAUCUACCUCAUAGGACUUUCGCUAUCGUCAAAAACGGUCAAAUCGAAAGUGUCUCACCUCCUGUUAACACAAAAAAUACGAAGGAUGCUGAGGUUGUCAUGGUAUUUACCGGACAGGGGGCACAGUGGCCUCAGAUGGGUCGCGAAUUAAUGCAAUCCAAUCAAACGUUUCGAUCGUCCAUUCAAUCCCUUGACCAAUACCUACAUGCGAUGGCUACGGGCAAGCCGCCAUACUCAAUUGAAGAGGAACUUAAAAAGCCAGCUAAGACAAGUGGCAUAUCUUUGGCAGAGUUUUCUCAGCCACUCUGCACGGCUAUUCAGAUCGCGUUAGUUGAUACAUUAAAGUCCUUAUCAAUUGAGCCAAGCGCAGUCGUCGGUCAUUCAAGCGGCGAAAUCGCGGCGGCCUACGCCUCCGGCGCUCUUACAGCUAGGGAAGCUAUUAUCACCGCGCACUACCGUGGCGCGGUGACAACUAAACAGAAAAGAGCGGGAUCUAUGGCUGCCGUUGGAAUGGGCUGGGAAGCAACCAAAGAGCACCUAGUCGAUAGAGUGACGGUUGCAUGCGACAACUCACCACAGAGUGUCACAGUUUCAGGUGACACUGAUCAAGUUAAACAUGUUAUUGCCAACAUUAAAAAGGCGCAUCCCGAUGUAAUGGCAAGGCUUCUCCAGGUUGAUAAAGCCUAUCAUUCAUAUCAUAUGGCUGAGAUCGGAGAAGAAUACAUAUCCAUGAUCGAGCAAUAUGUGACUGGAGCAAACCCGUCUAUUCCGUUCUUCUCCAGCGUCACCGGUGGUUUAUUAGAUAAGAACUCUAUUCUUGGGCCGAAUUAUUGGCGGGAUAAUCUGGAACAAACCGUCCGUUUUCGCGAGGCUGUUACGAACAUCGUGAAACACGACGUAAGCAAUAACGCUAUUUUCCUUGAAGUCGGACCUCAUUCAGCCCUUGGAGGGCCACUGAGACAGAUCUUCACGGAAGCUUCGUCGCCAUUCCCCUACGUCUCAGCGAUGGCUCGAGGCCAAAGUUGCACUGCCUCGCUGUUGAAUGCAAUCGGUAAACUUUACUCGCACAGUGUCAACGUCGACCUAGAUGUCCUAUUCCCCACUGGAAAAUGUCUCCCAGAUCUUCCUAGGUACCCUUGGAAUCACGAAGAGAGCUAUUGGUAUGAAUCGCGGAUUUGCAAAGAGUGGCGCCACCGCAAAUAUCCGUAUCAUGACCUAUUAGGUAUCAAGUUACCUGAAAGUACUGAAAUUGAGCCGAUGUGGCGUAAUAUCUUCCAUAUAACUAAUGUUCCCUGGGUGCGCGACCACAGAGUUGGUGAAGACAUCGUCUUUCCUUUUGCUGGCUAUAUCGCAUUGGCAGGUGAGGCGAUUAGGCAAUUAACCGAGAUUGAAGAUGGCUUUAGUAUACGAAAUAUUAAAGUAACUAUGGCUCUUGUGCUUUCUGAAGGGAAGCCCACCGAGAUGUUGACAUCUUUCCGGCCCCAUCGGUUGACCGACUCUCUCAAUAGCCCCUGGUGGGAGUUCACCGUUACGUCGUAUAACGGCCACACGUGGAACAAACAUUGUACAGGGGAGAUUACGGUACUUUCUUCGAACCUAGGUCCAGGUAGAAGUCCUGAUCCCUUGCCUCGCAAGAUAAACGCAAAAAGAUAUUAUGGAAAUAUGAGCAAGGGUGGAUUGGACUUAGGUCCCUGCUUUCAAACCCUUGAAGACAUCGAAACUUCAACAGGCUCAGAGAACCGGGCAACUGCGAAGGUGAUCAAUGGGAGGCAAGGCGAUGAGUCCAACUACCAUAUACAUCCUACUGUUAUCGACGGAACUAUCCAGAUCUUGGGAGCUGCUGCUGUUAACGGCCUUAUGCGAAAAACCAGAAAUUGGCUUCCGACAAGUAUAGACAAAAUCAGUAUCUGGCGUUGCUCGUCCGACAUGACUACUGAUGUUUCUGCGGAGCUGUCGAGCAACUACUCCGUAGUUGGUCGUGGUAAUUGCGUGUCGGAAGGGAUAACGGUCAUUGAGGCCUCGGGCCUCAGAAUGUCGCUCGCGAACGGUGCACUUUCAAACGAGAUUGCCGAUACUCAUUCGGCAGCACGGUACGAAUGGGACUACGAUAUCGACUUUAUGAACGCGAAUGAACUUAUCGGCGCGUCGGUUGAACACGCCGAUCAAUUACAUCUCCUCGAAGAACUAUGGCAACUCUGCCUAUUAAUCCCAAUUCGAAGUCAUUCCAGAGUACCGACGCUGCCCCUACAUCUAGAAUGGUACUUCAAUUGGAUUCAAUCCGAGUCUGAAGCUCUAGCCAACAGCCCAAAAUAUCAACCGAUGUCUCCGGAGAACAAGUUGGUAUCUACGAGGAUCGAGCACCUCCUGUCGAACCUAUCAUCUACGCCUGCUGCAUCGGCCGCUACCACUAUUUAUCAAGUCUGCCAGAAUAUGGAUGCCCUGCUAUCAGGGCAAAGUCUUACUGAAAUUUUACCAGAGGAAACUCUGACCAAUGUUUACAAAUUCAUUGAUCAAUUAGACAUUUCCCGACUAGUUCAGAGACUAGGCCAUUGCCUUCCCAAUCUACAAAUUCUUGAGAUCGGGAACGGUAGGGACUCCAUAGCAAAUAGUACUAUCGAGAGUCUUACGCGCGCUGACGGACGUAUUCUCUGCUCCAAGUACACUCUUACUUCAACAGGCUUUAUUUCUGGGAAAGACCAACAGGAUUUGUUCCCGAAUAUGGAAUAUGUCACUCUAGACAUCAGUGAAGACUUAUCUGAGCAGGGAUUCGAGGAUCGCCAGUACGACCUGAUUAUUGCGAGAAAUGUUCUCCAUACAUCAAAGAGCUUGCAAAAUAGCUUGGCAAAUGUGAAAAAACUCCUUCGUCCUGAUGGCCGAUUUCUCCUACAAGAACUAUGUCCAUCGUCGAAAUGGAUGAAUUAUAUUUUUGGGGUACUCCCUACUUGGUGGUCAGGUACGGUCGACGGCCGACUCCAGGAGCCCUACAUCAGUAUAGAGAAGUGGAAAUCCGAGCUUGCGCUAGCGGGACUCGAGGUACCUGAGGCGCCUAUUUUGGAUGCAUUAGAGCCUCACCAAUUGACGGCCAUCAUGAUCGUAAGACACGCGUCGCUUGCGAAUGCUGAAGUGAAACGGAUCACUGUGCUAUGUGAGGAACAGGAACCUGUCACUGAAGAAAUUUUAAGUCAGCUCGCUGAAGAGGGUUACGACAUUACUAUGUGCAACCUGGGUGACACCCCACCCGCACACCAGGACGUUAUUUCUCUCUUGGAUGUUGAUAAGCCGUUCUUCGAUUCAUUCGAUGAAGCACAGUUCCAAUUGUUUAAGACCUUCCUCCAUGGCAUUCAGGAUGCAGGUAUCUUAUGGGUUACCAAGACUAUCCAGAUAGGCUGUCAAGAUCCGCGGUACGGCCAGAUAUUGGGGCUAGCAAGAGUUGUCCGCUCAGAGAUGUUGACAGACUUUGCGACCUGUGAGGUUGAAGACCUCCACCACCCAGACACAGCUAAGAACAUUGUUAAAAUAUUGCGCAAGUUUCAAACGCGUGAAGAUGGGUCUACGAUGAAUCCAGAUUUCGAAUGGACUAUCAAGAAUGAUCGCAUUCAGGUUGGGCGAUUUUAUCCUUUUUCCUUGCGAGAUGAGCUGUUAACAUCAGACCCCACUGAGAUUGCUAGAUUGGAUGUCAAGACACCAGGGAGGGUUAAUAGUUUACAUUGGUUACGACAACCGCGUGAGGAGUUGAAAGCAAAUGAAGUGGAGGUUCAGGUUCAUUCUGCCGGCUUGAACUUUAGGGAUGUCUUGGUUGCAUUGGGUGUCGUUGAACUCCCAAUACGCCAAUUCGGACUUGAAGCAGCUGGAAUAAUCACAAGGGUAGGAGCUGAGGUAGACCCCAAUGAGCUUGCUAUUGGCGACCGAGUGUUCUGUCUGAAGAAGCAGGCAUAUUCAACAUAUAUCACGACUCCAACCACUUUUUGCAUACCAAUCCCCGACCACCUCAGCUUUGAUGAGGCCGCGAGCAUGCUUAUGCCUUAUGUCACAGCUAUCCACGGGCUAGUGAAUGUUGGGCGUUUAUCUAAAGGCCAGACCGUGUUGGUUCAUAGUGCGUGCGGAGGGGUUGGCUUAGCCGCUGUGCAAAUCUCUCAGAUGAUCGGCGCAGACUUAUACGUAACCGUCGGAAACGACGAGAAGGUGAAUUUCUUGAUGGAAAAUUACCAUAUUCCAAGAUCCAAGAUAUUCAACUCACGCGACAAAUCAUUCGUGGAUGAUGUCAUGCGUGAAACGGGAGGGCAGGGGAUAGACGUCGUCCUUAAUUCCCUUUCCGGCGAACUUUUGCAUGCGACAUGGGGUUGCGUCGCGGAGUUCGGCACCUUGGUAGAAAUCGGGAAACGUGAUCUGGUUGGCGGCGGUAAACUCGACAUGACCCCUUUCCUGGCAAAUCGCAGUUAUUGCUGCAUUGAUAUUGACCAGCUAUGGAAAAAGCCAGUGCUUCUAAGAAAUCUCAUUAUUUCUACAUUACAAUACUACGUGGAGGGUAAAACGACCCCAGUCCGACCUGUGAAAGUCUUCCCAGCUUCGCAAACCCAGGAUGCAUUCCGAUAUAUGCAAAAGGGUCAACAUAUCGGUCGCAUUGGCAUUUCAAUACCGCACCUCCCAAAUGAGAGAGAUAUAUCAUUUGAGACCACCAAACAAGCCCAGGAGAUAAUCUUCGACAAAGCAGCAGCAUCAUACCUCCUCGUUGGUGGGCUUGGUGGUCUCGGGCGCGCAAUUUCGAUAUGGAUGGUUGAGCACGGCGCUCGAGAGCUAUUAUACCUAGCUCGAAGCGCCACUCCAAGCCCAACCAACCAUGCAUUUGUCGAAGAACUCCAGAGUAUGGGAUGUAAUGUGAAGCUAGCUCAAGGAGAUGUUACGAAUAAACAGGAUGUGGAAAGAGCCGUUGCAGCAGCAACCUAUCCUCUGAAGGGGAUUAUCCAAAUGUCAAUGGUGCUGCGCGACCAGAAUUUUACCGAGAUGACAUUCGAGGAAUGGACGGCUGCGAGCGCACCAAAAGUCAAAGGCACGUGGAACCUCCACGAGGUUACCACGGCUGUUGGUGCCAAUCUAGAUUUCAUGGUGCUUUUCAGCUCCCUUUCAGGUAUCAUCGGGCAGCCAGGUCAGGCUAAUUAUGCCAGCGGGAAUACAUUCCUCGAUGCAUUUGCGCAGUAUCGAAAUGAUCUAGGAUUACCGGCGUCGGUCGUGGAUAUUGGUGCUGUGGAAGAUGUGGGGUUCAUAUCCGAGAACAACGCAUUGAUGAAUAAGAUGAAAACCAGCGGCUUCCUGGGGAUAGCAGAACAGGAGCUUUUAGAUGCGAUGGCAGUAGCGAUGCUGGCAAGGUCCCGACCUCCUCCCGCGAAUGGCCUAGACGACGCGGGGUCUCGAUUUGUGCAUGAAAACACAUUUGUCCUUGGUCUGGGAUCGUCAAUUCCACUAACAAGCCCCGCGAAUCGCGCGGUUUGGAAAAGAGAUCGCCGAAUGGCUGCGUACCAUAAUGAGGUUGCGGGUGGUGCGGACGUCGCGGCAUCUAACGAGACGCUCAAAGCAUAUCUUUCAAUGGCUAAGGCGAACCCCUCUGUCUUGAAAUCUCCGGAAACCGCAAAACUCUUCGCCCUCGAGAUCGGAAAGAAGUUGUUUGAUUUGUUGCUUAAGCCGCAAGAAGAGCUCAAUCCGUCUUGGCCGUUGGUCGACUUAGGUCUAGACUCGUUGGUGGCUCUUGAACUGCGCGCCUGGUGGAAGCAGGUCUUCUCCUUUGACAUCACUGUUAUGGAAAUGUUAGGGAUGGGAUCACUUGAAGCACUCGGGCAGCAUGCGGCGGAUGAGACGUUGAGGAUCGUUACGGAGAACGCUUCGCAGAAUGUCUCUUGAAGGUCAGGGGUAGGAACCUAGUCCUAAGUAUAUGAUACCUUGCAAUUUAUGGAAUUCUUCUACUACAAUGCGCUGAUUUGAGUUUCGGUGGAGUGAUAGAAUGCGCUGUAAGUGUGCUGUAAUUAUAAGAUCUUUUAGGGCUUAGAGCCCUAUAUUUAUAGCGCAAUAUAGCGCUGAGGUCUUCCGAAGCUUUGCUAGGAUGCGCUAUGCUUCCAGGGGACUAUAGGGCUUGGAGUCCUGUACUUAUAGCGCUCUAUAGGAGGUACCUACCCAGACAGGUACUGGUCGUAAUGCGCUGUAUUUACAGGGGAGGAGGUGCUAUAAGUCCCAUCAAUAACUUUUAUGUAUAGUGGAGUAUGCGCUGUAACAUCCUGUGGUUACAGGGGCUCUCCGCGCAGAACUCCCUAUAAAUACAAGGACACAAUAGGUACCUAGGUACCUAGGAGGUAUAUUACGCCCUCACUGUCCUAUCGCAAUGGCGGUUGAAGGCUUAUUGGAAGAUGCAACAAUGC